AUGGCGUGCGGCUCAGUCACAGAUCUAGACAAGAAGAUGGGUACAGAGUUUCUGGAGUGUCAGAUCUGUCUGGACGACUUAAAGCAGCCGAAGAUGCUGCCUUGUCUUCACACCUUCUGUCUGCCGUGUCUGGAGAGAGUUUUAGAAGCAGAGCCGGAUGGAAAACUGUCCUGUCCGACAUGUUGUCAGGACGUGCCCCUCCCCAAAGAUGGCACACGAGUGUUCAAAAACAACUUCCCUGAAGAGAAGCUUCAAGAGGCCGCACAGAAACCGCUGAAGUCGGUGUCUUUCUCAACCCAAGAGCCGGAAACAUCUUGCACGGCGUGUGACACUGGAUCUAAGUCUACGUACUUCUGCAUAGACUGUACGGACUAUCUGUGUCAGGUAUGUACUGACGCGCACGACCGUAUGAAGAUAUUCCAGUCACACAGAGUCGUCACUGUGAGAGAUCUUACCUCAAGUAAGGUCGCAGAUGAUCUGCGAACCAGGGAGACAUCCAAGUGCCCUGAUCACAAUGAGGUGAACAAGUUCUACUGCAGCACUUGUCUCAGUGUCGUAUGUCUGCACUGCGUCGUCGUACAGCACAAGGAUCACGAUUACUUAGAAAUUCAAGAGGUAGCAGAGAAGGAAAGAGCGAAGCUUGACGAGAAACUGAUUGCGGUACAGCGGCAGAUUGAACAACGGGAACAGUGGUUGGAGCAAGCAAAACCACUGCAGCAUGCGUGGCAGUCACAGCUUCAAAGGUGCACCGACGACAUCAACGUACAAGCAGAAAGAAUGGUACAAGCUGUAGCGAAGGUAAGAGAAGAGAAGAUUGCCCAGCUUCAAGCCACAAGCGCUUCCAGAGAGAAACAGUUGAGUGAUGCCAUUGAUGCUACCGAAAUGGAACUCGUUGCUUCCAAGAGUUACGUAAGCUUCGCGGAUAAAAUGCUAGAGUACGGAAGCCCUUCGGAGCUGCUCUUAGCAACAAGGGAGUUGACAGACUGGCUGGAAGAAGGUCCUGACGAAAAAUCUGCGAUUGAACAAAGCAAGGGUUUGACAAGACUGCGUUUUGACUCACCAACUAAUGAUUUGGAUGAAGCGGUGGCAACUUUGUUUGGUGCCAUCAAGCAGAUUCGUAUCAGCCUACAACCACCCUGUACAACACAGGUAAAGCCAAAUAAGGCAGAUUCCCGUAAGCAUAGGAAAGCACGGCUUACCAAGGCCACUGGUACCAAGGGCGUGAACGACUUGGAAUUUCGUUGUCCUCUUUCUUUAACUACCUCCAUUGAUGACGAUAUAAUAGUUGUAGAUAGAGACAACGAAAGACUUCAAGUUUUAAAGAAGAGUGGUGCUUUUGUGGGUACGGUGGAACUGACCUUCCAACCUCAGUCUGUAGCUGCUCUGACAAACGGUGAACUUUUAGUAACCGGAGACAAACACAACAUCCAAGUUGUUGACAAACACGGGAGGCCAUCACGCGUCAUAAAAGUGGGCGGAGCCAUCGAAAAAGAGGAACCAACCAAUGGCAUAACCGUGGACAGACAAGGGAGAAUCAUAGUGACAAUCGCUUAUGAAAUAUUCGCACUCAAUCUAGAAGGCGACAUAACAUUCAAGUUUGGAGACAAAGACAGUUUGGGUUAUGUCCUUUGGGUUACCAGUAACGGCAGUAACCAGAUUGUCGUGAGUGACGAACUAAGCCAUAACGUGAAAGUUUUUGAUUCCUCUGGUCGUCACUUGUUUUCGUGUGUGUCGCAGGGCGAAGGGAAUGGACAGUUGUGUCACCCUGUAAGUGUCAUCACGGACAGCGAGGACAACAUCGUCGUGGCAGACAACAAAAAUAACCGCGUGUGUGUGUUCGGUAAGGACGGCGCGUUCCUUCGGCAGGUUCUGACGGCAGAAGAUCAUGGAAUUACGGAGCCUCUCGGACUGACACUGACUCAAGAAGGUCUCCUGGUGGUUUCUGAUAGAAGCUACGACAAUGAGUGUAUCAAGAUAUUCAGACUGUCGUAAACAAUGCCUUAUUUGUCAUACUCAAACUCAACUUGAACAGCUAUGGACGUCAUACAGAAUGUACAUCAUCAUCAUCAUGGUCAUAGUCAUCACAUAUAGAUACUAUGCAUAUGAUAAGAAUUAUAGUAUAAUAGAACCUAUAUAAUA